UGAAGCCUCAAUUAGAGAAGGUUAUUUGCUAAGUGAAAUGGGUACAUUUGCAAGCUACUACUUCCCAGAGGAAGUCACCACAAAAGCACGUGGUGUCCCGAGAUUUGAUGACGGGUUUAUGAUUAAUGAUGAUAUCGUUGUUUCCAUUUUUGCACAAAAGGCAAAAGCAAUUGGUGCAAGCACACGCCGAUACAUGAACCAAAACGAAUCCAAUGCAGUGCAUUCAUAUGUACUACAAAAUUGCCCAGAGAUUGACUCAUUUAGAGAAAUGUUCACAAAUGCAACCGGAUUAACAACCUCUGAUGAACUUCAAUUUCAAGCACAAUUUCCGCUCUGGUUUUAU